UUCCUCACCACACAUAUCACCAUGCUCUCGUUGCGGCCUCUCUCUCGGGCAACGGUCCCUUGCGCACGAGUGCACGCCCGCGCUGCGCUGUUGACUGCGCCGCGGCUGCGCCCCCAGCCGGCUGCGCUACGACUCGGACUGGGGUUACGGGGGAACGCGAGCCAAUCUGGCCCGCGCAAGGCUUCUGAAGGAUCCGAGAAGGAGGGCAAGGCUUCUUCGUCGACAUCAGGUCGGCAGGACGGCGCAAAAGAGCCGCUUGGAGACCAGCUCAAGCGCGCCUGGAAGACUCCAACAAAAUGGAAGCCCAUUCCAGUCGCCCUCGGUGCGCUUGUUCUGCUCGCUGUCCAGUUCCGCCACACGCUUCUCGGCAUUGACGAGCCAGAGGUCACGUCUCAAGGCAAGAACGGCGCCGUGAUCAAACCUACCAUCGACGGGCCAUGGCAGGUCCGCAUUCUAGGCGCACUCCCGCUGCGCAGCAUGUCGCAGCUCUGGGGCUAUCUCAACUCGCUCGUGCUGCCCAUGUGGUUCCGUCCCUUCGGCUUCCGGCUUUACGGCUGGAUCUUUGGCUGCAACCUCGACGAGGUCCCCGAAGACUUGACAGCAUACGACUCGCUUGGUUCAUUCUUCUACCGCGAGCUCAAGCCUGGAGUCCGUCCAAUCGCCGACGCGCCGCUUGUUUCUCCUUCCGACGGACGUGUCCUGCACCUCGGCGAGAUCCGCGGCUCAAAGGUCGAGCAGGUCAAGGGCAUUACGUACUCGCUCGAGGCAUUGCUGGGCACCGGUGACUCGGCACACGGCGAGCCCCUCGAGAUUGACCGCCAGGACGCGUCGCCCUCCGUCGGCGGCGGCGAGACAUCUAUUGUCGAGGAUGAGCGCUUUGCCGAGAUCAACAACAUUCCGUACUCGCUCUCGUCGCUCAUGGGCAAGGACUCCGCUGCAGAGGUGCGCGAUCCCCACCAUGGCCUUCCAGGUGACGAAGACUCGAGCAGCGACGAGCACGACGCGUCGACUGGCCCCUCGGACAUUGCACACGACACGCGCGUCGCCGCCCAUCUCGGUCUGGGUGCGCUUGGCGCCGCCACGGACAAGGACACGGAGAUCGGCAAGCUGCGCCCCGACAACAAGCUCUGCUUCAUCGUCAUUUACCUUGCGCCUGGCGACUACCACCGCUUCCACUCGCCUUGUGCGUGGGUUGUCGAGCGUCGCCGCCACUUCACCGGCGACCUAUUCUCUGUUUCUCCCUACAUCGCGCACCGCCUGCGCAACCUGUUUGUUCUUAACGAGCGCGUCGCUCUCCUCGGCCGCUGGAAGGACGGUUUCUUCUCGAUGGUGCCCGUUGGCGCGACCAACGUCGGGUCCAUCCGCAUCAACUUUGACGCCACCCUCCGCACCAACACCAAGGAGCGUUCGCACCCGGCUCACACUUUCACCGAGGCCGUGUACAGCCGCGCCUCGGUGCUGCAGGGCCAGCCCCUGCUCCCCGGCGAGGAGAUGGGCGGCUUCCGCUUGGGGUCCACUAUCGUUCUCGUGUUCGAGGCUCACAAGUCAUUCCAGUUCGCUGUCAAGGCCGGCGACAGGGUCCAGGUCGGACAGGAGCUGGGGUCGGACAACCCUGCGGCUUCAAAGAAGUAGAUGAGCGGCAGCUCAACUUGUAAAAACAGCGAGUCUCAACAUUCUGUGAAACUAGAAGGGGGUGGGGGGCCGAUUGUCAAGGGUUAAGGCUCAACGCCUCGCAUAUGCAUUACAUACAUCUCG